AUGUUUAAUUGUUUUUGUGAGAAGGGUACUAACCUCGAUCAUGCUCUCGUUUUACAGAGUGCUUCAGUGCCUACGUCUUACUCCUCCAGGUUAGCAGAACUUCACAACACGACAAGCAGAAUAACAAAUAAAGAACGAUCCGACGUAAUCGAUAAUAUAAUUACCUACCGAAGGUCAAGUAAAACGGACAGCGAUGUGGCGGCCACAUUGGAAAAAUACGGCGUGAAGACGACGGCGGAUUCAUUCAGGCUACGCAACGAGUCAACGCCCAACAGAUAUUUGAAUUCGUCGAGUCUCGAUUCGAAAUAUUCAUCAUCGAAUAGCAGCAAUAGGAAACUUUGCGGAAGUUCGAAUUUGGAAUUGUCGAAAUUGAGUUCGUCAUCGAAACCUCCCAAAUCGGGAUUGAAUUCGAGGCUUCAGAGAAAGGACAGCCUGACGAAAUCCGAAAGCAUCGAUAACAACCUGAGCCCGGUUUCAAGUCUCGAACGGAAAAUCUCAUCAAGUGCCGUGGGUGGUUCUUCUUCUUCUUCUUCACCGACAGAUAUUCGAAAACCAGAGGUAUGGGAUAAAAAAUUGUCCGUGAGCUACGGUGAAAAUAUGUCGAGGGCCAUUUUCGAUAAUGAGUUUUUCCGUAAGGUAGAUAAUAAGAGUCGUCAAUUGACGAGGGUAAACGAAAACGUUAAAAACGAUGAGAAAACGUUGACGUUUGAGGAAAUUCGUAAGAAAUUUGACGGUACGGACGUUACCACAUUGAAGGGAGGUUUCGACAUCUCCCGGAAAUCUAGUCAGGAUGAAUCCAAGGCCUCGAUAAGUAACGGGGUCAUUUUAGGUGUACAUAAUUUUGGUCAGAUUCAGUACUUAGAUCGAAGUUGUAAGAAUAAAAAAGUUGUCGUUGAUAAUUUUGCCGACGAUGACGAAAUGCCGGAAAUCGUCGAGAGCAACAAUUCUGACUUAAAUAUUCCUUUUUCUUCCCCACAGACCCUACGGAGAACAGUUUUAAAACCCAUUCCCAGCUCUGUUAAAAACGUGCAUAGCAAUUCCGUUUUGCGAAAAUCUUCCGAUGCAAAUGGAGAAGUCGUGAAUAGUAAUUUUAAAAAAAAAAGUUCUCCAGAACUUAAAAAAAAUGUAAAUUUAUCUCCCGAGAAAAAACAGGGGACUUUUUCCAGUCUCGUCAAACUCCCGGCCAUUCCUUCUGCCGACAGCGAUUCCGGAGACGUAGAUAAAAAAUCGAUGGAAAGCACGUCAUCUUCGAAUGUUAUGGAAAUCAAACGGGAUGCGAGGAACGCUUGCAUCAAUUCGAAACUCGGUAUCGAAAACAGAAACGAUUUGAAAAUUUCACCCAAAGUCAAAGGUGAAAAAUUGCUGACGAAAAUCGAACAAACGUUGUCGAAGCAAAUGGAUUUGGACAACGACAUACUCCAUUCAUUGUCGAAAAUAAAAAAAAGUCCGGAGAUCAAGUCGAAAGAUUUCGAAAAUCACACGAAAGUGAUCGAGUUGAGAAGGAUCGAGCAAAAUGCAAUGUCGCCUUUCGAAAUCGAGGGUAAAAAAAUCAAGGACGAAAUGAGAGACAAACAACAAACGGAAUCGCCGAUGAGGAAAACGGUUGAAAAAUCAUCCGGGGUCACGAAAUCGGUCAAAUUGGAAAAAGUGGCAAAAGAAAUAUUGAAACAUUUGGUUAAAGACGAGGAAACGUUUGAAAAUGUCGAAAUGAAAGCAAGUCCGAGUCCGAAAGAAGAUAAAAAUUCGUUGAACAUAAGAGAAAGAGAAUUGAAUAAGAAAUUGAUGGAAGAACUCAUUACCAAAGAUGUUAAGUCCUUGAGGAAAGAGGAAAAUGCGGAGGGCGUGAUACUCGCCAAAGAAAUGCCCAUGUGGGAAAAACAGGACGUGUCCACAAAUUCAAACAGUAAAUCAUUCCCUGGACAAGCAAGCACGAGUCAUAAUUCGAAUCCGCAUUCCUUCAACGAUAGGGUGGUGAUUAAACCUAUUUUUUAUUCAACGGAAAAAAAAAAACACGUGUUGUAA